AUGGCAGAGGGCGCGACAAUCAACGCUCACGAUGUUCGAAAUCUAGUCAACGGAAAUGUCGCGGGAGACCAGAUUGGGGGAAACAAAUUCGGAGGUGAUCAAGUUGCAGGAAACAAGAUCACGUUUGAGAUACGCAAUAUCACAUUCGAUCCCGCGAUCAUAAAACAGCUAGGGUUAGACAACACAGAAACUGGUAUCUCAGACGAUCUUCGAAGGAUUGGCCAGCUGGUCUCGAGCAUGAUUCUUGCUGAGCUUCGAGAGAACAACUCGAUGUCUCCAAACACCAUCGUCGGAGUACCGGAAACGAGACGCGCGCUCGAAGAAUUUCACACAUUACGCUACGCUGGUACUUUCGACACAUGCAAAGGCAGCCCUGUCAUAAAACUCUCCGAUAUACUCCCACUCUUGGUUACGGAGGCCCCAGUGGAUCCAAAAACAACCCUCCGCUAUUAUACCUUGAUGCGCAACAUUCGACAACGGAAGGAAGGCGAUACAACAAUUUGUUUGCGACAAUCUCGGCGGCUUCGUGACUGGGAUGCAAAGUCUCACUCCUCUCUGCUACUUGUCAAAGGCUCGUUUGCUUCUCGUCACAUCGUUAGGGACUUCACUGCAGAUAUAAUUAAUGAACUCCACAAAGAAAAGACUCUUAUUGCCUGGGUACUCAAGCCGAGAGGCGAGCAGUCGUAUACGUUUGAUAUUACAGGUGUUCUAAAACAUCUUGUCCUCCAAAUUCUGCAACAAAGCCCAGCAACCAUGAAUGAACGCGAUGCUUCACUUGCUGCUCGAAGAGUUCAGAAUACGUAUACUAUCGAAGAUUGGUUCAGCUUCUUAGGAUCUAUCAUAGGAGGAUUGAAGAAGGUUUACCUCGUAAUCGAUAUGGAGGCAUUGGCUGGCGAGGCACAGGAGCAUAAAUGGUCAGAUUCGUUUACCAAACUAUUCGAAAAGCUGCAGGCGCAUCAAACCCCUACGACGGUAAAGGUCGCUUUUACCACCUGCCGCAAGCCCAUAAUGAGGCAAUAUCAAGCCGUGUCCGAAACUGUCAUCGACGCCGAUGCCCCCCAGACGGGGACAAGAUUGCAGUCACGUUUUUCAAGAAUGACAAAGCGAGCAACGAGCCUAUAA